AUGCAAUCUUUGAACCCUAGUGGACGAGAGAUGGGGAAAAGGAUUGAUCAGUCAAACUAUGAAGAAGACAUUUUGGAAACAGAAGAAUUGUAUCAUUCAGAGGAAGAGGCCCAGGGUGGCUCCCGUCGUGAGUACAGUGCCUCAGGCGCUAGUAACUAUUCGAUGGGGGGUCACCUACUCAUUAAGCCUAAGCUCUCCCCUUUCACUAUGGAUAUUUUGAAUCAUCCAAUGACGGGAAUCAAGAUGCCAACCUCCAAGUAUGAUGGCACUUCGGAUCCAGAUGACCACGUGGCUGCUUAUGAAGGCCACAUGUUUUUUUACACUGACGUGGAUGCCAUAUGGUGCACGGUCUUCCCGUCCACGUUGACAGGCAUAGCCCAGACAUGGUUCAAGAGUCUAAAGCCAGGUAGCAUCUCUAGCUUCUCCCAGUUGUCGUCCACAUUCAAUACUCACUUUGUCAGUAAUAGACGUCGCGAGCGUACUACGGGAGAACUGUUAUCUGUCAAGCAGGGGGCCAACGAAAGUUUAAGGGAUUAUAUCGGUCGCUUUAAUGUUGAAGCCGUUUCAAUUCCACGCUUACAGCAAGAUGUAGCGGUGCUAGCCUUGAUGACUGGCCUCAAGGAGGGGUCACCAUUUCGAAAUUAUCUGGGUCGUAAAUCUUACACCACUCUGGGUCCCGUCCUGGGUAAAGCAAAUGAUUAUAUCAGGGGGGAGGAGUUUGACAAAGCUGUGGGUAACCGUGAAUCUGAGAAGAAAGAGGAUAAGCAAAAGAAAGAUAAGGGCCGUGAAUCUGAUCGCGCCCGAGAUGAUAGACGACAAGAGUCGCAUAUGGUAAAAAGGGGGGACGAACGAGAAAGGGAUGGUGAGAGGUAUGACCGCGAUCGUAGGGAUCGUGAAAGGAAUGUUCGGGAAGGAGGUGAGCGCAAAGAUAGAUUUGACGCGUACACCCAACUGACUACCUCAAGAAGUCAGAUCUUUUUGAAGAACAAGGAUAGCGACAAAUGGCAGCGUCCUAAACCUAUGUUCCAUAAAAAUCGUGAUAAAAGCAAAUGGUGUGAUUUCCAUGGGGAUCACGGCCAUGUCACGGAAGAUUGUCGUCACUUGAAAGAUAAUCUAGAAGAUUUGUUAAGAAGAGGCUAUUUCAGCCAAUAUAAGGCACAGACGAAAGAAGGAGAUCUGGUAAACCAUCAACAAGAACGUUCAAUCAAGGAUCAGUGA